UGUCAAAUGUCCAAACUUCCGGUUUGAAAAAACCUUGCAUUUUGUUGAGUUUUUAGUUAAACUCGGAGCUAUUCGAGUCAUUCUGCUACAAAAUGGAUUGGCAAUUAACAUGUCGAGUGUGUUUAGAAUCGGGGGAUAUGGUUUCCCUCUUUGAUUGGGACGAAAACAAUGAACAACUUGGCGACAAGUACACCUACUGCUGCGGCGUGGAGGUGUCCAAAAAUGAUAGUUUGCCCACGCUAAUAUGCUUGCAUUGCGUCGAUCGGCUGACUUUUGCUUAUCAAUUCAAACAACAAUGCCUUUCUUCAAACGAUACUCUAAAGGAAUGUUUGGAGGAGUUCAAGAAGAGCUCCCAAGUGGUGUCGGGAGCGGCUUCAUCCAAAGUAGGUACCACAGAAACAGAAACAAUAACUAUAAAGCAAGAGAAUGGUUUGCUGUUACAAUAUGAGCUGCCAGUGGAACAUGACCCUGCGGGACAAUGGACCCGCACCCUGGUCAAGACUCCGAGUAGUGCGGUGGUCACUAAAGCCCCUGGACCACGUAAGAGAGGCCGGCCCCGGAAAUAUCCUAAUGAACAGGGACAGAUCGAACUAUCACCCUACCAACGCAAGAAGCCGAAAAAUCAAGAAAAGGAACAAGAAUCAUUGACCACACUCCUGGCAACCGGAUCUUUGGACCUGAAGCAGGAGCCAGUGGACCCUGAGGAUGAUGCAUUUGGGCAAGAUGGUGAGCCCCAUCAAUUUCCUAUUGAAUUUGGAAGUGCAGAUGAUGACCCAGACUUUGAACCGGCAGCUGAGGAAGAGCCUGAAUCGGAACCAGAAAGCAAAGAGAUACAACCUCAGCCCCGCAAGCGUGGAAGGCCACGUAAGAACCAAGAACAAAAACAGAUUAAACCCAAAACGGAAGACGGUGAAGAUGUUCUGCUCAAGGAGACGAUCCUGGCUUUCUCGGAACCUAUUCCUGAACACAUUCUCAAUCCUAAACCCAAGAAGAAGUAUCGGACUAAGAAGAAAUACGUUUACGAAAAGACUCACACAUGUGAGACUUGCGGCGCUUCAUUCACGUCUAACGCGUCGCUGCAAGCACACAUUCGACGACAUCUCGGUAUCAAGCCAUUCGUAUGCAGCGUCUGCGGCUUCGCGUGUGUAAUGCGCGAGGCACUGAAGCGUCACAUGCAACGCCACACCGGGGAACGGCCGUACAAGUGCAGGAUUUGUGACCGACGGUUCGGGGACUACGGCACGAGGCAGAAACAUGAGAGGUUACACAUGGGAGUUCGGCCAUACCAGUGCUCUCUCUGCGGCAAAUCGUUCACAUACUCCUAUGUACUGGCCAAUCAUAUGCUGACUCACACUGGAGAGAAGAAAUAUUCUUGCGGUCCCUGCAACAAGAAAUUCACCAAAGCCCACCACCUGAAGUACCACAACAAGGUCCACCACAAGGAUCUAUACUUACAGCAGCAACUGGAGCUGGAAGCCAAGAAGAUGCGCCAGCAGAUCAACGUCACCGGCCUCUCUGGUGUUAUAUCUGGCCAGAUCGUCGAUGGAACGCUGCAACUCAUACAUGCUGCUUCUGAAGAUGGAGGUGAAGAAGCACAGAUGCAAGUUGUGGAGGAAGGUGAUGAAGGGGGCGAUGAUUCAGAGAAGGAGACUGAUCGAGCCGUCGCCGGAAUGCAAGCUGUCGUGUUAGACACAGAAUUUUGUAUGGACGAGGAUGUUAAAGGAGAAUGAUUUAAGUAUUAAGAGUUUGUAGGUAUUUAAUGCACUUAGAUAUUAUUGUUGUAUUCACUAUUUAAAGGUCGCAAUGAACUCAUAAUUAACAUUACCACAAAUAUAUUACUUGUCCCACAAAAUGUGUAUGUUAUAUGGGUAAAAAUAAAUGUGUACAUACUAUAGUAAAAUGUAUAGACUGGUUAAUUAUCUUUCUAGUAUUUUAUGUGGUAUUAUAGCAGUUAUUGUUAAGUGCGAUCUUUCCAGUAAAGUAACUGAAAAUAUGUAUUUCGAUUCUUUGGAAAAGUAAAUUCUAUAUUUCAAUUAGCUUGUAUUGAAGAGGAGUUCGGGAAUCAUUUAACAGAUGAUGUAUCGAAAAAUACGCGUAAUGUUCACAGCACCGGCAAAAUUUGCACGUGGACUGUUAUAGAAGUUAUCAAUGUUGAGUUCACUAUUGGACAAUAUGUAGCAAACACAAUACGUAGAAAACAUCUCGCCUGAUUCCUAUAAAGCUGAUACUUAUGUAUGCUUUUUAAUUUGCUCUCUAUAUUCUUUUAAAACUUACACUAAACAGCUUUCUGUGUAAUAUUUUCGAUUGAAAUUCAUAUUUUAACGCCUUUAAAAUGAUUUACGUUAUUAAUUCCACAAAUGGUUUGCAAAUAGGCUAAAAAUACCUCUUUUAUAAAGUUAGAUGAAUUCAUAAAUAUUAUUAGCAGUUGCUUAGUAAAUUAUGAACGUCAAUAAAGCAAUAAUAUUACAUAAGACCACAUUUCCAAUCUAUUUUCACUUUCAAGGUUAAAUAGCAUUAAGAAUUAUAAGAGAUCACAUAGCAUGAAAUUAUUACUCUCAAAUAUACACUUUAGCAAAUACAGUUAUUUAUUGAUUGCUUAGAGUCGUGGUGGCCCAGAGGUUUAAGACACCCGCUUCUCAUGUAUGAGGGUGCGGACUCGAAACCUAUCAACAGC